UAUAGGUUACUUUUGAUAUAAAACUAUGGGGUCAGGUAAUUAUCAUUGCAUUGAUUACUUAAAUUUGUACAUAGAGAGCAAUAAUAUUGUAAUUUUAUUAAUAUGUGUUUUAGAUUCAGUGGUGAGUCCAAAUGAACUAGAUUUUGUUGGAGAUUUUGAUUCCCAAGUAAAUCAUGUCUUACAAACGAUAAGACUAACAAGACAAGAAGUUGACGACUUUAGGAGACUGUUUAUUGACCUGGAAAGAUGUCUACAGAGAAUUUGGCUAGGUUGUAAAGUUAUGCCAUUUGGUUCAGUUGUGACUGGUCUAGGAAUCAAAUCAAGUGAUGUAGAUUGCUAUGUUUUCAUACCAGAGGAGCAUAAUAAUUAUGAGCAGGACCAAGCAGAUCUUGUGCUGUCGGCCAAGAAAGUUCUUAGAAGACAGCCAUUGGUGUUCCAUCAGCCAUUUGCAAUCACUAAUGCGAAAGUUCCAAUAGUGAAGUUUUGUCACGUGCCAACUCGCCGCAACUGCGAUGUCAGUUUUAAAAGCCCUGCUGGUGUGAGGAAUAGCAAGCUAAUAGCAUUCUUGCUGCACUUAGAUAAAAGAGCACAGCCGUUAGCAAUAUUAAUCAAGUACUGGGCGAAUAUCCAUGGCUUAACAGGAACAAACCGAAUGUCAAAUUAUGCCUUGACAAUGUUAGUGCUUUUCUACUUGCAAGAGAAAAAGAUUAUACCUGCUGUUGUAAAACUGCAGAGUCCCAACAAUUCAUUUUACGUUGAAGGCUGGAAUACUGAUUUUAAAGAAAAAUAUAUUCACCAAACUGAAAACAAUCAGGUUCUAUAUGAACUCCUGGGAGAGUUUUUCCAGUUUUACAGCUCUUUCAAUUUUAAAGACAAUGUUAUUUCACCAUUCCUAGGUCAAUCUGUGCGCCGUGAACUAUUUAAAGAUAUAGAAAAUACUCCUAAUGAUUUUGAGGUGUACAAGAAAAAUGUUUAUAAUAAACAAGUUGCUCUGUUGAAAAUAGAUACAAUGAUAUGUGUUCAGGACCCAUUUGAACACAAUAGAAACUGUACCUCAGCUAUAUCAUCAAAAUUAGCAGAAACCAUACAAUUGCACAUAGAGUUUGCUUCAAACAUAUAUCAUGAGAAUAAAAGCAAAGAAUUUCUUAGAGAUAUUUUGACAAAGAAACCAAUAAUAUCCAUAAACAAAAAGAAAAAGAAAAAUAAAGCUUCUAAAAAUGAAGCACCACCUAUUUGGGUCAUUGGGUCCAACAAUGAAAAUCAUAAAAGCAUAUCGUCACCCACCAACAUGGAGGUUCCUGACGCGCAAACAUGUGCAGGCACAUCAAAUGUUGAUGAUGACAUAAUUAACCAUUCAGAUGAGUUUAAUUCAGAAACAAAUAAUACUCCUGAUUCCAAUAUAGAGCCUGCAGUUGUUGUCCCCUCAAAUAGUAAAAGAAGCUUAAAUACAAGCUUGACAAACUUAUACAUGCUAAUUAAAAAGCAGAAAAAGAAAUAGAAUAUUAAUUGAUUGUUCUCUUAUAUUUGUGUUCAAUCUUAUAGUAAUAGUUACAUUAAGGAAUACAUUGGUAUUAUCGAGAUGUGUCAAGUUAGCAGCAUUGGUGGUAUUAUUUCACUAGUAAGUCGAGUAAAAAAUGUGAUUCUGGUUUGCUUUUAAAAGUAAUUGUAAUUGACAAAAGGGUCUCAUAGAAAUAACUAUUGAAAUAAAGUAAAACAAUUUAACAAAGAUAACUGGUGUUUUUAUUCAUUAUGUAGGUACCUAUGUAUUUUAGGCAUUCAGUGAGGUUGAUAUCAAAUUUCCACGAAAGUAAACAAAGUAACAUAGGUU